AUGAGGGGCGACUGGAAGGCUCGAGGCUUCUCUGCCUUUCAUGCUUCCCUCCUUCCUGCCUGGCGCCUCUACCUGCCUCACCUGGGCCCCAGACAGCAAGGGGCUAGGAGGGGAAGGCGGAUGUGCUCCCAAGGCUGUUGCAGUUGUCCUUGAUUGAUUUGCAAAGGGAAGAAGGAGGGAAGCACCAAGGGGGAGCUUGGCCCAGCUGCAGUGACUGACCUGGAAAUACCUAGUUAUUCCCCGGGUUUCCUGUCCUGCACACAGUGAGUCCCCUCCUGUUGGUGCAGGGGUACUUUGUGGCACUGCUACAGCCUUGGCUUUGCCAGAGUUGUGUUGUUUUGGAUGUUCUGUGUGCAUAUGUUUACGUAUUUCAAGCAAUUCCAACAGGAAGAAGAUAUUAACCGAAAUGGAUUUAGUCAUAUGGUUAAUUACCAGAAACCCACCUCACUCAUUGUAAAUCUCCAGUUGCUGAGAGUUGCAUGGGUUGAUCUGGCCCUGCAGUUCUCUCCCUCCAUGGAAACACACUGGAUGAACAAGAGCUGGCAGCCUCUAGCCUGCAGGCCCAAAGUGGAAUUCCAUGUGAUUUCUAAUGGUGCUGCAUCUGGAAUGCUAAAUCAUCCCACUAUGGCUGAAUCACUCAGUGAAGUUUCUGACACUCUGGAUGUUCUGGAGGCUGGUGAUGAGGGAAAGAAGAAAUCCAAAUUUAAAGCCCUUAAGAGCUUUUUUGGUAAGAAGAAGAAAAAAGAGGCUGAGGAUAGCCAGGAAGAAGAAAUUCUAGAACCGAGUUUGUCCAGAAGCAACAUUAAUGUCUCUUCUCUGGAGCCCGUUCGGGAAAAGCAACCAACUGGGGCCAGGGCCAAGAGUGGCAUGGGGAGCAAAGCCCUAUCCCAUGAUAGCAUCUUCUUCUUGGAUCCUAAGCCUGAAAGAUCAGCAAGUAAAAUGAGUCCUUCUACAGAUUCUCAGAGAGGCAGACCUCGACAGAGAUCCCAUAUUUCCAGAACUCUGCCUAAACCUAAGAGUAAUGUGCGUGUAACUGUGUUUGGAGCAAUGUCAGGAGCUGUGCCUCAAGAUGUGCCUGCAAGUGCAGUCUGGGUUACGAGCCCCAAGAUCACUGAGAACCCACCAUCGCGCCGACGCCGACUCAGCGUCAUCCCACCUGUUAUCCGAUCUGACCCAACUUCUAAGGACUUGGUAGAAAUUUCUAUCGAUGAUGAGUCACCUAAGAAUCCACAAAAGAAGGCUUUACCACAUGAGAUUUUGACAGCGACUCAGAGCUUCUCUGAGUUACUACCUGGACCUGACUGCUCACAGUCCUUGACUGCAUUUGCCACAGUUUCCUCUACCAGCAGCACCCCGCUGCCCGUUGGUUUCAGCACCCCAGCCACCACCGAGGGCUGUUUGGAUUCUUCAGCUGCUCGCCACAAGAUAGCUUUAAAUCCCCGCAAGCAAAAGAAGAAGAACCUUCAAGCGAUUGUAAGUCGCCUUCUAGUGUGGUUCAGUAGUUUCCAGGGUGUUUUAGAGAGAUCCCUGUAGUGUGUCAUUCAGAGAUUAGAAACUCCAAACCUGGAUGAACCACUUCCAAUAGAACCAAAUCAGGAGGAGCCAAACCUUCCAUUGGUUUCUGGAGAAGAAAAGAGUGUAACCAAACCAAAAGAAACUGACCAAAAGAAGCUGGGUACGGACAGUGCAGGUUCCUCAAGCAAGGAACAGAGCAACAAAAUUGAGAUAUAUGACAAGAAGACAACAGACCAGGCUCCAAACUCUGACACUACUGGGAGUCAGGGCCAUCCACUGCCAGCAGCAUCUCGAAGAAGACGGAGAAAAAAAGGAGCAAGUGUUUCAGGAUUGAGUGAGUGUGAAUUCAAAGGAAGAAGUCUUAAACAGUCCAGUGAAGAGCAUGGCCUGGGCGAUAGAGCUGCAUCCUCACCUACUGCUAAGACUGCCGGGAGUGUGCCUUUCUGGCACUUAUCCUUGGAGAAGGAGAACAUGGAGCAGCCUACAACUCCACAACCAGAAACCACUACCCCUCAGGGGUUGCUUUCAGAUAAAGAUGACAUGGGAAAGAGAAAUGCUGGCAUAGAUUUCGGAUCCAGAAAAGCAUCAGCAACGCAGCCUAUACCUGAACACAUGAAAGAUCCCAUGGUUAUUGAUCCACAACCAUACCAUGAAGAUGGGGCUCCUGCAGCUGAGAAGACAGAAGCCAGAGCUCCUCUUUCAUUGAUGGUGGAAAGCCCUUCUACAAGCCAAGAGGAGGCCAUUCUCUCAGUGGCAGCAGAGGCUCAAGUGUUUACAGAUCCUUCUCGUAUCCAGUCACAAGAGAAAGAAGCUUUCAGCUCUGAGUCACAAAAGGCCCAAUCCCAAACGGAGUCAGCCCAGGGUGUUCAAACUAUCUGCAAAGAAAAGCCUUCUGGAGAUGUUCACCAGGACUUUACAGCAAGUGUUUUGGGUACGACAGGUACUCCAGCCAAAGGAGAUGUUUAUGCCAAGAGUCUGCCUCCCGAAAGCCUUUUUCAGUCCUCAAGGAAACCUGAUGCUGAAGAAGUCUCCUCAGAUUCAGAGAAUAUUCCUGAGGAGGGGGAUGGUUCUGAAGAACCGGCUUGUGGUCACUCUUCCCAGUCCUCUUGGAAGUUUGAAGAUGAACAAAAAGUCUCCUCAGAGUCAAAAAGUUUGGCUGAGGACUGGAGCAGCUCCGAGGAGGAGCUGGACCCCAGAUGCCCUUCCCAGGCUUUAGAGGAGCCUGAAGAUGAAGUCUUCACAGACUCAAGCAGUUAUGUUGAGAAGUAUAACAGUUCUGAGGAUUGCAGCAGCAGCUCGGAGGAAGACCUGCCUCUCAGACACCCUGCUCAGGCCUUGGAGAAGCCCAAAGACCAACGAGAAGUCACCUCAGCUUCAAAGAAUACUCCUGAAGAGCAGAGUGCUUCUGUGCCGCAGCUGCCUCCCAGACGCCCUUCUCAGCCCAUUAUGAGUCCUGCUGUUCAGCAACAAGUUCGCACCAGUUCAGUGGGCACUUCUACAAAAUGGAGCAGUUCCGUGGAGCCACAAAGGCCUCCCAAACAUCCUUUCCAGCUAUGGAUGAAUCCGAAAAUGGGGCAGGAAGUUGCCUCAUCUCCAAAGAGCAUGGCUGUUGAAGAAAGCGUUUCUAGGAAGCCUCUGCCUCCUAAACUUCUUUCCCAGCCCUUGAUGAACCCUAAAUUUCAACAGAACAUGGUCUCCGGUUCAGAGGACAUUGCUGUUGAGAAAGUCAUCUCUGCGGAGCCACUGCUCCCCAGAUGUUCUCCUCAGUCCUUGACAGAUCCUCAAAUCCAGCAAGUCUCAGAAAGCACAGCUGUUGAGGAAGGCACUUAUGCGGAGCCGCUGCCUCCCAGAUGCGUUUCCCAGCCCUCCGGGAGGCCUAAGUUCCUAGAAUCAAUGAGUACUUCCGCAGAAUGGAGCGGUCCUGUGGAGCCAACACCUUCCAAAUACACCUUCCAGCCAUGGGUGACCCCUAAAUUUGAGCAACUGUAUCAACUCUCUGCAGAUCCAGAAAGCACUCCUGUUGAAGGGAACAUUUCUAAGGAGCCGCUGCUUCCCAGACCUCUUUCCCAGUUUACUGUGAGGGAUAAAAUCCAGCAACUGUCCUCAAAUUUCAAGAGCACUGCUGUUGAGGCAGGCAUUUCUAGGGCGGCACUGCCUCCAAAAUAUCCUACCCAGUACUUAACGAGGUCUAAAGUUCAAGAAAUGGCCUUCCGUUUAGAGAACACAGCUGCUGAAGGCAUUUCUAAGAAAUCACUGAUUCCCAGGCGUCCUACCCAGUCAUUCGUGAAGUUUAUGGCACAGCAGAUCUUUUCAGAGAGCUCUGCUCUUAAGAGGGGUGGUGAUGUGGCACCUUUGCCUCCAAAACUUCCUUCCAAAUCUUCGUUAAAGCCUAAAGUCAAGCACCAAGUUUUUUCAGAUUGGGGGAAUGCUAAUCCUAAGGGAGGCAUUGCUUCGAAGAUGCUGCCUAUGAAGCACCCUUUACAGUCCUUGGGGAGACCUGAAGACCCACAAGAAGUUCAAAAAGUUUUCUCAUAUUCAGGGAGUGCUCCUGGGAAGUGCAGCAGUUCUAAAGAGCAGCUGCCUCCCAGACAGCUUUCCCAGGCCUUGGGGAAACUUGAGCGUAAGCAAGAAGUCUCUUCUGUUUCUGCCAGCUCUCCUGAAGACUGGAGGAAUUCUAAAAAGCAGCUGCCUCCCAAACAUUCUUCCCCAGUCUCAGAUAGGUCUCAAGUCCAGCCACGGAUGUCAUUAAUGGGCCCAGUGAAUGUACCUAUAAAGCAGAGCAGCAGUGAGAAGCACCUGCCUCCAAGUAGCCCUUUCCAGCGACAGGUUCAUUCAAGUUCUGUGGAUGCUGGUGCUGGGCGAUCUAUUUUUGAGAGCAAUUCUGACAACUGGUUCCUACAAAGAGAUCAAGCUUUUGCAAACAAAACCAGGAAGUUCAGCCAAGGUUCCAAAAACCGCAUAAAGAGCAUCCUGGCCCCUGCUACCAAACCUGGGAAGUUCACCAUUCCCCCUGCUGGGCAAACAUCCACUUCUACGGGCAUUUACUCCAAGGAAGAAGUUCAUGAGAGUGGUGAUGGAAAUAAUAACCAGCAUUUAAGCCUAUCCAACCAGGCUCAUGUUGAAAACCUUUUUGGAGUUCGACUGAGAAGAGUCCCUUCCUUGCAGAAGCGUGAGAGUGAGAAACAAGAUUACUUCACCCAGCUUGCUUCAGUGCCCUCGGGCCCAGCUUCAUCCUUUGUAGGUAAGGGGCAUAGGAUCAGAAGAAGCACUUCCGAGGGGCUCCUGAAUGCUGCAGGGAGCCUCACCAAAAUAUCUAACAUUGCAGAGAAGCAACAGAGCAGGCCAAAAUCUGAAAGCAUGGCCAAGAAGCAACCUGCUUGCAAGACCCCAGGAAAGCCUGCUGGUCAACAGUCAGAUUAUGCCGUCUCAGAGCCAGCUUGGGUAACUAUGGCAAAGCAGAAGCAGAUGGGUUUCAAGGCUCAGAUUCCUAUGAAAGAGCUGAAAACCAAGAGCGGAGCUGGAGCCAAGGCUGAAACUAAGGAGCCUAAAUAUGGGGGAGCUGCCCCUGCAAAUGAAAACCAAGCUAAAAAGAUUUUCACUUCCAAUGUCUACAAACAGGAGAAGAAAGCACAGAUGAAGCCACUUAAGCCUAUAAAAUCAGCUGGAUUUGAGGCUCAGAAGACACUGCAAAUGCCUGCCAUGGAAAAAGAAACUAAACGAUCUUCAACUCUCCCGGCCAAGUUCCAAAAGCCAGGUGAGCCAGUUGAGCCUGUCUGGUUCUCCCUGGCCAGGAAGAAAGCCAAAGCGUGGAGCCAUCUGGCAGAGACCACAGAAUAA